CCCCUUUGCACAAGCACGCCGUGCGCCGGAGGACUGCUGGGAAGUGGGAGCAUCAUGGCGGGGUCCUGGUGGAUGUGUUGCCGGAGGUUCGGUGCGGGCUUUGCGACCUCCGGGUUACCGGACACCCUGCGGUGUUUCGGCAGAAGGUCCGCCUGCUCGUCGGCGUCCUCUGCGGGCAGGCCGCCGUGGAGCUCCGCUCCGGGAAGCGAGAGAAGGCCGCUGUUUCCUGCACAAAGCCACUCCAGAGCUCCUGACCUCGGCGCAUCUGUAAUCAGGAGACACCCCGGUAGUUUGCUGUACCCGACGCUGCAGACAUGCGGCUGCAGGGCGACGCACAGCGACGCGAAGCCCAGAGACCCGUUCACGUUAGCCCAGAAAGACCUGGCGAGUUUGUAUGAUGACAUCAAAAAGGAGUUGUUCGUGGCCACAGCCGAGCUACAAUACCUCUGCGAUUACUAUUUCGACGGCCGGGGAAAAGCUAUCCGGCCGAUCAUCGUGGUCCUGAUGGCCCGGGCCAUGAACAUCCACAGCAACCGAGCCGGAGAUCUGCUCCCGGGGCAAAGGGUGAUCGCCAUGAUCUCUGAGAUGAUCCACACCGCCAGCUUGGUGCACGACGACGUGAUCGACGGAUCGGACGAGCGAAGAGGGAAGAAGUCCAUCAAUGAGGUGUGGGGGGAGAGAAAGGCGAUCUUAGCCGGGGAUUUCAUCCUCUCGGCGGCCACCAAGGCCCUGGCCCGCAUCGGGAACAGCGCCGUGGUGAAGGUCGUCUCCCAGGUGAUCGAGGACCUGGUGAGAGGCGAGUUCAUGCAGCUGGGCUCCAAAGAGAACGAGAACGAGCGGUUCAAGCACUACCUGGAGAAGACCUACAAGAAGACGGCGAGCCUGAUGGCGCACAGCUGUAAAGCAGUCUCCAUUCUGGUGAGCUCCGACCCAGAGGUCCAUGAGAUAGCUUACCAGUACGGGAAGAACGUCGGCAUCGCCUUCCAGCUGGUGGACGACGUCCUGGACUUCACGUCGGGGGCAGAGCAGCUGGGGAAACCCGCCGCCGCCGACCUGAAGCUGGGCCUGGCGACCGGGCCGGUGCUGUUCGCCUGUCAGCAGUUUCCUGAGCUUCACGCCCUGAUCAUGAGGCGCUUCAGCUCCAAAGGAGACGUGGACCUGGCCUGGCAGUACGUCCUUCAGAGCGACGGUGUGCAGCAGACCACCUACUUGGCGCGGCGGUACUGCGAAGAAGCCAUCAGACAGAUCAGCCGGCUCCGGCCGUCCCCGGAGAGGGACGCCCUCAUCAGGCUCACAGAGAUCGUGCUCAACAGGGACAAGUGAAGCCCCCCCUGCCCCUCUCUUCUGGCAGCUACAUGUUCAAAGACAACUUGCCACGCGAGACACGAGUCCUCGAGGGAGAUUGGGACGGCUGGCGGCGUGUAAAAACCUCCGUUAAGAGUUGCUUUAUACUGGGUGCAGAGAGGGGAAAUGGGGAUUUGUGGUUCCUGAGUGGAAGCUGAGGAGCUGGCACUGAAAACUACAACUUGGACUGAAACCUUCGUCCUGUACUGUAACCAACAGCCCGCCGCGUCUCGGACCGGAUGAGCCGGACCCUUCCUGAGCCGCGGUGGGAGGUUAAAAAAAAAACAAAACCUGCAUUUCCAAACGUGACGGAGUCGUCGUCCGUCUGGACGCCACGGCUUCGGAUCCGUCCAAAUCUCAAAAGGCCAAACUCUCUGUGUGUGUUUUACACUCUGUGAACUUUACUGCUAAGUGUCCUGUAACAACAAAAGGCCUUAACAUCUGCAAAAAAAUAAAAAAUAUAUAUAUAUAUAUGUGCUCAAUAAACCAACUGCUUUAA